GUAGCUGCUGCCACUGUCUGCUGUCUCUACCUCCCUCCUGGCUAGCUAGCAGCUCUGGGUUCUUCUGGGCCUGCUGCUGGCUGUCCAGAGUUGGGGGUUGCUUAGAGCUGUGUGCAUCCCUGAGAGUGGGGUGGGAGUGGGUGGUUUUCUAAUGGCAGGUUCCCUCUCCUGAUAAACAAGGGCCGGAGAUAGACCUGAAAGCUGGCAUUCUCGGCUCCCCCAGCCUGCCCCCCCCCCCUCGAUUUCCCACACAGCCCUAGGGACUGGUAGCCAGCUCUGUGGCAUGGUAUCUGGAGGCAGGCCAGCAACCUGAUGUGCAUGCCACGGCCCGUCCCUCUCCCCACUCAGAGCUGCAGUAGCCUGGAGGUUCAGAGAGCUGGCUUGGGGCUGCUAGGGAGGCAGCCACAGCACGGUGACAGUGACAAACGCAGAGCAGAAGGCACCAAGUGGAUUGUUUCCCCUGGGACAGCACCGAGCAAGUGUCGAGAGAGGUACAGCCCUCGGCCUGCAAGCUCUUUAGUUUUGAAAGCGCCACGAGCAGCAGCUGCUGAACCAUGGCUGAAGGGGAAAUCACCACCUUUACAGCCCUGACCGAGAAGUUUGAUCUGCCUCCAGGGAAUUACAAGAAGCCCAAACUCCUCUACUGUAGCAACGGGGGCCACUUCUUGAGGAUCCUUCCGGAUGGCACAGUGGAUGGGACCAGGGACAGGAGCGAUCUUCACAUUCAGCUGCAGCUCAGUGCGGAAAGCGUGGGGGAGGUGUAUAUAAAGAGUACCGAGACUGGCCAGUACUUGGCCAUGGACACCGACGGGCUUUUAUACGGCUCAACACCAAAUGAGGAAUGUUUGUUCCUGGAAAGGCUGGAGGAGAACCAUUACAACACCUAUAUAUCCAAGAAACACGCAGAGAAGAAUUGGUUUGUUGGCCUCAAGAAGAAUGGAAGCUGCAAGCGCGGUCCUCGGACUCACUAUGGCCAGAAAGCAAUCUUGUUUCUCCCCCUGCCAGUCUCUUCUGAUUAAAGAGAUCUGUUCUGGGUGUUGACCACUCCAGAGAAGCCUUGAGGGGUCCUCACCUGGUUGACCCAAAAAUGUUCCCUUGACCAUUGGCUGCGCUAACCCCCAGCCCACAAAGCCUGAAUUUGUGAGCAAUGUGCUUCUAAAUGCCCAGUUCACUUCUAGCAGAGCCCUUUACCCCUGCACAGUUUGGAAAGGAGGGACCAAAUUGCUUCAAGGGGCAAACUGGCUGGCCAGUCUGGGUCUGGGGUUGGAUGUCCAAUUGCCUCUUACAGGCCGACUCCCUCAUUGCAAAGGUGGGGCCAAAUGAAGUGUGUGAAGGGUUCUGCUAAGUGGGGCGUUCGUAAUUUCCCUCUACUGAGUAAACCCUGCCUAUGACUCCCCCAAACACCUUUCGUCCUUUCUGUGCCCUACAAACAUUAGCCAAGAAGCUUCAUGCCAGGUUAGGAAGGCAGCAUUCCAUGACCAGAAACAGGGACAAAGAAACCCUCACUUGAGAACAGAAGGAUUGAAAAUGGAAAGGGGAAAUUGGGUUUUGGUGGAUAACUUAGAAGGAUGACAUCUCCAUGUAGAAUAAAUGAAGAUGGGGAGGCCCAGCCACCGGAAGGCAGAAUAAAUCCUUGGGAGUCAUGACCAUGCCUGGACCUUCCCAAGAUUACUCAGCAGCAGAGAGCCCUGGUCCAUCAGAUGGGGAGCAUUAGCAGUGGUUUCUUGAUAAAAGCAAGGACAUCAGAGCUGGGAAAUUCAUGUGGGUCUGGGGAGUGAGUGUGGGAGGGGAAAGAUAAGGGAAACUUGCUGAGGGGAUAUCACAAAAAGGAUGAUUGCAGAAGCGAGAAGGAAAGAAAGUCAUGCCGCACACGGUGCUUGGCCACCGGUGAGCGGACGCUUUGGGGUCCUAGCCCAGUGCUUGUCCGACACUGAAGUGCUUGCAGAUCAUCUGGGGACCUGGUUUGAAUGAAGAUUCUGACUCAGUGGGUGGGGGCAGAAUUUCCACAGUUCCAUCAGGCUCCCAGGUGCAGGUGCUGAGGAUACUGCUGCCUUCCCCGCCAAACGUUAAGCAGCAGGGUCCUGGUCCUAAAGAGUGUUACUCAAAUGAAGGCGGUUCAAAUCCCCACACCUCACCUGACCUCCACUCACCCUUAAAAACACACCUCACCAGUCUAUCUGAGCAUUCAGGCAGCACUGAUAAUACUUAUACCUGAACUAAGGAGCAUGAUUUUAAGAUGCUUUGGCCCAAUGCCUAUAAAAUGCCCAUUUCAAAGAUACACAAAAGCGUACUUCAAAAAUGUUAAAGCCUCACCAACAGCUUUUCCCAAUAGACCAUUUGUAUUACCAUUACUUGCAUAAAUAGGCUUCCUGCUUAAAGUAAACUUGACUCAAGUGGCUAGCAAAUUAGAAACACCGUUCCUCUCUAACAUAUGAUACUGAUGCCAUGUAAAGGGCUUUAAUAAGCCAUUGAAAUUUACUGUGAGACUGUAUGUUUUAAUAGCAUUUAAAAAUAUAUAGCUUGAAAGCAGUUAAACUGAUUAGUAUUCAGGCACUGAGAAUGAUAGUAAUAGGAUACAAUGUAUAAGCUACUCAAUUAUCUGAUACUUAACAUUUGCCUGUAAAAUGAGAUUUUUGUUUUCCACUGCCACUACUACAAAUUUUCUCUUGAAAGUAAAACUCUUAAGCAAUGAUAAUUUUGGAUAAAAAUUGAUGAGAGUGUUAGCUUAUGUUUCAUAGGAAAUUGAAGUAAUUGUUAAUUAAAAACAAUUCCUUAGUAACUGAACUGUCAUUACUUAGAAUGGAAGGAAAACGACCAUUUGUGAAUGUUCAAAGCAUAGCAAUUGAAGAACUGACCUAAGUAAGUUGACAUUAUGGUUAAUAAUAGUAUUUUAGAUUUGUGCAGCAAACUGAUUUCAUCAUUUUUUUGUUUUUGUAACUUAGAUAAAUCUCUUUUUAUUUUAGUAAAUCUUUGAGGGCAGGUUAGAGAAAAUGAAGUGUGGCUUAACAUCUCUUUAGUAUGAAAAUUUGGCCAGAAGAAGAUACCCAGAGAGGGAAUCUAAGAUAUUUAUAAUGGUCCAUAUUUUUUAUUGUAUGAAUCAAACUCAAGCAUAAUGUUGGCCAAGGAUAAUUAAAUGCCAUUGCUAACAUGUAAAAUGGAAGUCUGCAAUUUCAAAGAUGUAAAGCACUGUCGUAAAAACAUCAAUGUGACCUCGACCAUCUCAGCCCAGAUAUCAUUCAUGUAACUGUUCAAUUACUAUUAAGUUGCCUACUGUGUGCUAGGCACUGUACUGGGUUCUGGGGCCCCUAGGGACCUUGUCUGUCUGGUUUGCUGCUGUAUCUUCUCCCGGGGCAUUAUAUUUAUGAUGAAAGAUGCUGUGUAUUCAAUUCUUUCAGUCAAGAAUAAACACAGACUUUGUAGGUUCCUGCUGAAUAAAUGGCAAAUCCCAGAAACCCAGAUUUUGGAAGAAUUAGCAACCUCCAGCAUAAAAUAAACCCCUAUCAAAAUGUCAGAGGACAUGGCAAGGUACACUAUAGAAGGACAUGGCAAGGUAAGCAACCGGGUCAGCUUCAGAGGGACUGCUUUCAAAUCAGGCAAAGAACCUGUCAGAUCUUGUCAGAAGGAAGAGGUUGGUAGUUCCCUGCUCUGUUCUGAACAUACUCUAGUUCAUUAACCUGGGGACAUUCCCACGGCUGUCUUCCUUAAGUAAGUCUCGUAGCCAGCUCCUGUCAUGUGCCUCUCAUGUGGACUCAUUUUCGAGUCAGCUCUGAACAAAGCAUCAUGAACAUAUGCGCUUUUGGUUGUUUGCAAUGUGAUGGUGGUGGAGGGAGGUACUGGUUUCCUUGGAAGCCAUAAGAAAGAUCCCUAUGGCCAACAGUGUGUAUGAACAAAAAACUGAUUGGAGCAUCAGCUGUUACUGAAGGUCCUUGCUUUGUGUCAGAGGCAAACGAGCCCAAGUCACCAAGUCCUCAGCCUUGAGUGUCCUGCUGACAACUAAACUCACAGGCUACAAAGCAGACCUCUGAAGAAGACUCUUGUCAUUUCACAUCACUGUCUUUUUGUAUCAUAGUCUGCACCUUACGAAUAUUAAUAAAUGUUCCAUUAAUCAGUGA